CGCUUACCUCUCGUCAUUCUAUCUAUUAGAGCACCUCAACUAAGUUGUGUUUCAGCUACUAUCCUCUUGCUCGUCUUCAUCGCUUGCGUAACUCAGAGCGAAGUCGAUUGAGCCCAUUGUUUACAUCUCUAUCAUCUCUCUACAUUCCAUUAAAAAAUAGACUUACUCGAUCAUGCGUGAAAUCAUCUCUCUCCACGCUGGACAAGCCGGUGUACAAAUCGGUAACGCUUGUUGGGAGCUUUACACUCUCGAGCAUGGCUUGAGUCCAGAUGGUCGAAUCUUAGACGAGUCGUCUUCUAAACGUGAAGAGGGUUUCAGUACUUUUUUCUCUGAGACUGGUAGUGGUAAAUACGUACCUAGAAGUAUCUAUGUCGAUUUGGAGCCCAAUGUGAUCGAUGAGGUCCGUACUGGAACCUACAGAUCUCUGUUCCACCCAGAGACCAUGGUCACUGGUAAAGAGGACGCAGCCAACAAUUAUGCUCGUGGACAUUACACUGUCGGAAAAGAACAGAUUGACGUGGUUAUGGACCGAAUCCGUAAACUCGCCGACAACUGUUCUGGUCUCCAAGGUUUCUUCGUCUUUCACUCCUUCGGUGGUGGUACUGGUUCCGGUUUUGGUGCCUUACUUCUCGAGCGCCUAAGUGGUGACUACGGCAAGAAGGCCAAGCUUGAAUUUGUGGUAUAUCCGUCCCCAAAGAUGUCUAAUUCGGUUGUGGAGCCGUACAACUCCGUAUUGACGACUCACACCACCCUUGAGCAUGUCGAUUGUAGUUUUAUGGUUGACAACGAAGCAAUUUACGAGAUCUGCCGCAAGAACCUCGGAGUUCAAUCGCCCGGUUUUACCAACUUGAACCGUUUGAUUGCUCAAGUCGUCUCCUCCGUCACGGCGUCCUUGCGUUUUGAUGGUAGUCUCAAUGUCGAUCUUAACGAGUUCCAAACCAACUUGGUGCCAUUCCCUCGUAUCCAUUUCCCGCUCGCUUCUUACGCCCCGAUCAUCAGUGCCGACAAGGCUUUCCACGAGAGCAACAGUGUAGCCGAGAUGACCAUGACUUGUUUCGAACCCACCAACCAAAUGGUCAAAUGCGAUCCCCGCCAAGGCAAAUACAUGUCCUGUGCACUUCUCUAUCGAGGUGACGUCGUUCCGCGUGAUGCGAAUGCGGCUGUCGCCACGAUCAAGACCAAGCGUACCAUUCAGUUCGUCGACUGGUGUCCAACUGGAUUCAAGCUUGGGAUCUGUAACGAACCUCCUGCUAAUAUCCCAGGAGGUGACACUGCCAAGGUCUCGCGCAGUUUGUGCAUGCUUAGUAACACUACCGCUAUCGCGGCAGCGUGGAGCAGACUUGACCUCAAGUUCGAUCUUCUCUACAGCAAGCGUGCAUUUGUGCACUGGUAUGUUGGAGAAGGUAUGGAGGAGGGUGAAUUCUCCGAGGCUCGUGAGGAUCUUGCGGCUUUGGAGAAAGAUUACGAAGAGGUUGGAUUGGAUGGAGCUGACGAGGAGGAGCCCGGGGAUUACUGAGCUAACACAAUGCCGCAUCAGUCCCGCGCUUUGUGGUGAUAGACCAGUUAGAUAUCUACAUGCUGAUAAUUUUCGUUUACUUGUCUACAAAAAGUGACGCUCACCACGUCGAUGAGAUGCGGUUGAUUGCAUGACUUUGCGAGACAUAUCUGUAGUGUCCUGCUUUGCCUGUAAUGUCAAUGUCACCUCUUAGUUCAAUUGGUUUGUCAUAUACGUCUACACAGGUCCACACUCUUGCCUAGAGUAAUUUGGAGUUGAGGCCGU